UUUUGUUCGUAUUCCGCCAUAGGUCGCAAUCGCAGUCAGCAGUUUAUUUAGUGAGUUAGUGCGAGUAGCACGAAGUUGUGGAGUGUACGUACGUCUAGUCGAGUCGCGCUACCUUCUUUUAUUAUUUGUUUUAUUUCGUUGAAUAAAGUCCCCUUGGAAAGGGCAGGAAACAUUUGCAGAAUCUCGGCGUGAGCUUAUCCCAUUCGGAUUGAAUUACGGGAAAUUGUGAAACGGCUGUCGAGCCAAGGAAAAUUCUCACGUCGCCUCUUAAGAAAGUUCACACGCAAGUGGAACCCGUCGUCCGCCCCGUUGCGAGCCGUGUGAGUGGAGGAUAGUGUCGACAGUGCCCUGAAUUUCCGCUUAGAAUUGAAAGAAAGUGGCUAAAGUGUCGCAUCCCGGAAUUAACGCGGAGAAGAAAUCGUGCUCGGAGACGUACAAAAACAGAGUUUAUACGCAAAGCCCCCACUAGGGAAACGUCGUCGCAGUCUCAACCAGUGUCGGCCAUUUGUCUCCGUACCUUCGCUGUGAGUCUCUUCAGAUUGUUUUCUUGUCGUGUCUUCUUACACACGAAACGCCGAGGAAAAAUCCCGUAACAAGUGCGCGCCGUGCUCUACUUCGUUCCGUAGAAAACCUGAAUAGUUUCGUUGCAAGCGAAGUAGCGAGUCCGUCUUUUGUUUGUGGCUUUUGAUUUUUCCCUGCGUGUUCUCCUGGUCGCAGCUGCAGUUUCCGUUUGUGUUAUGUAAGUUGAAAAGUUCGCGCAAAAGGGAAAAGUUCAGUGGGUGCAAGAGUGUCAAUUCCGUCAAGUCUGAAGCGGGAUCGAGUGUAUUUAUAGCGCUGGCAAGUUAAUCGGAGUGUUCCUGCGCUGAGGCGAGAGCGGGGGAAUUCCGUCGCUACAUAACUUCGACUGGGAUGGUAGCGACUUUUUAAUAGCGGUUCAUUCAAAGCCUUUUAAUGAGAUUAUACUUCAGACGCAAUCAUAGUCAGCUGCUGCACACGCAUUUCUAUUCGAAACCUCUGGAAAUAUCGUAACAUUGAUCAACAUUCAGAUAGAUUGACGAAAUAAAAGAAGACUACAAAGCUUGAUCAACAACAGUCACAAUUUCGCGUCUAGCAGUUUCAUCAAUUCGUUUUUGUGGAUUGUUGAAUACAAAAGUGAUAGUUAAACUGUCCAGCAUAAAAGGGAAUGGUAUAUUUUUUGGGGGAUUGGGGCAUGGGAGAUUCUGACUGUGCGUCAUAUCAACAUGUUCCGAAUAUACAACCACAUAAUUACCAGUUACUCCAACCGCAUCACCAUCAACAGCAAGUGCAAGUUCAACAGCAGCACAAUCAACCACAGCGACAUGGAGUUAGCCAUUUCAGUCAUCAUGAAGUCCCUUCACCAACAAUCACGGAUAGUAUUGUUAUAAGUUCCAAUCUGAAUAUUGGCAGUUCACUGGUGACUGGGACAUCAUUGUCAUCACCAACUAGUUGCACGAUAACUUCAUCAACAAUAGCCACCCCAACGAGCACAGUUUCACUGUUGGAAUCAGUGGCAUCUGUAACAUCAUCGACAAAAGUUGCAGAUCUUAAAGAUUUUCAUCAACUUCACGCUAGUUCGGUUGUUACGUCAAAUCUUCAACAGUUGUCGGUUAGUAGUACAAAAUUGAAUAGUAGUAGCAGUCUCAGUGGUGAUAAACAGCAUCAUCAACAACAACAGCACUUGCAGCAUAAUUAUCGUAAUCAUUUAAUUGGUGAAUCAAGGCCACGGUCACAAUCAUGCAUUGGUGGAAUUGGAGUUGACAAUAAUAAAGAUCUCAUCGAAAGUGAUGAUGAAGUUGCACUGCAUCCACUUUCUAAUCAGGUUGGAGGACAUACACGUCUCCUACUACUCAAUCAAAGCACAGUGAUAAAGCCAUUAAACUUACGUGAAUUAAACUUUUACCAGAACAUUCCUCAGGAUAUCCAGAUGUUUGUUCCCAAAUAUAAAGGUGUUAUGCAAGCCACAACAAUGGGCGGUACCAAGUUGGAGAAGCGCUAUUCACCCAGUUUCCGAGACGAGCACACACGCAAGCCGAGCGCUUCCAAGCGGAAACGGGAUGACGUUUUACGGAUGAAAGUACAUAGAAAUGGAAAUGCAGCAGAUGUUAUUAAAAGUAUUUCUCAAAUAGACAACUCUAACAAGCAAUAUUUUCUCAUGCUCGAGAAUAUCACAUCACAAUUUCAUAAUCCAUGCAUACUGGACUUGAAGAUGGGCACACGUCAACAUGGUGACGAUGCAUCGGCUGAGAAACGCUCCAAGCAAAUGGCCAAAUGUGCAGCAAGCACAUCAGGAUCGUUGGGUGUGCGUUUGUGUGGAAUGCAAGUGUAUCAGGCUGAUAGUGAUCAAUAUUUGAAACGUGAUAAAUACUGGGGUCGAGAGCUGAACGAGGAUGGUUUCAAACGGGCGCUACAUAAUUUCUUCCAUAAUGGGUAUUUUUUGCGAACAAAAACCAUUCGAAAAAUUGUAAACCGCUUGAAGCAAUUGCGUACAGUUAUCGAGAGGCAGUCUAGUUAUAGAUUUUAUUCAUGUUCACUUCUUAUAGUAUACGAGGGUUUCGAGGAUAUACCUGUUCAUCCUAUGGAUGUCUGCUUUCAAGAUGUUAACAACGAUUGCUGUACACACUUAUAUAAUAACAGUAGUGACGAUGUUGAUCAUGACGACUUAGAUGAUAUGAAUGGUUCUCGCAGUCCGCCAUGUUGCUACGAUGCGGACGCUUCAAAUGACUCAGCCGAAAUGAAUCUCUCCUCAUCACAUGAGGACAGUGACCACAAUCAUCACCAUCCGAACCAUCAUCAUCAUAAUAAUCGUCAUAUGCAUCGGCAACUACUUCAUAACAGACGACAUCACAAACGUGAUAUCGAUGAUGACGAUGACGACACAGAUAGCCAUCGACAUCGAACCGUUGAUGGAGAUGAGGACGAAGAGGUCGAUCAUCAUCAAAGUAAUAUUGAAGUGAGUGCAGACGCUCAUCAACGUGGUUUUGGUGAAGCGGCAGCACGCGGUGCCAAGGGCACCCAACCAUUCAUUCCAAUUUCGGAGGAUACAGUAUUCUUAGAUCCGGAACCACCAAUGCCGAGCAUAUCGACAUCGAGCCCGAUGUCAGGUGAUUCUUGGAUGAAUUAUAGUAGCAACAGUAGCGAUGAUUAUUCAGGAAUAUCAGAACAAAUAAAGGCGGUAACAUCUGGAAGGCAAACAGGUCACAACAGUUCAGACGACGCCAGCUCAGAUUUCGACAACAGUCUGAUCCAGUACAGCUCGUUGAAGAGUUCUGAAUUAAGUGUGAAUGCCGUUGACCUCCCACCACCCGCGACAAAUGUAGUGCCCGCCAUCGAGAAAGUAUCUGCUGCGAAACGUCCUCGAAAUAAAGUCGAUGAAAUGCCUUUACCGAGUGGUAAGCAAGCAGAAUUUGAAGCAUCUUCAGUGGCAAAGAAGCUGACGACUAAUAGCAGUACAAGUUUCGCUUCGGCCGCGAACCUCUCAUCUUCAUCUUCAGCCACAACAUCUAAAUCAUAUGCGAAUAAGAACACCGCAGGCAGUAAACGAAGAAUUAGUGGAUCGAACACAUCGGUUUCCCUAUCGGGAUCGGAUAGUAGGCGGCGUCUAACACAUAAUCAGCAUCAUACGACAUCUUGUAGCUCUCAGCACAAUCGAAUAGUGGCGCAAUCUGUGACCGAUGGUGGGAGCGGUUGUGGCCGAAGAGGAACAGUAGGAAGUACAGGUGAGAGCAGUAGUGACCAUUCUGAUAACGAGGACUCAGGCGAAGGAAAUACGCUUGUUGACGUUCGUCUGAUAGACUUCGCGCAUACAACAUUUGUGCCAAAGAACGGCUCGGAUUUCAUUACGCCCGCUGGAGCAAUGACGACCGUUCAUCAGGGGCCGGACAGUGGUUUUUUGACCGGCCUGGAUAGCCUAAACAGGCUUUUGACAGAUAUUCUUGCCGAAGAAAAAUUGUAAGGAUUUGAACAUGAGUCGGACAGCAUGAGGCGCGUGAUGUGACGACAAACAAAAAAAUGGUGAAAACAAAGGACAUAAGAAGAAAUUUUUAAACAAAACAUUACAAAUUAUGAUAACAAAGAUGAUAUCUCUUCCUUUUACUUUAAGAUAUACAAUUUCGAGAGAGUAUGAUGAUAACAAUUAAGUGCG